AUGGUCUCACUGCUAACGAGUGUUGCUCCGUUGAUGCUGUGUGUUGCCAUAGUUUGCCAGCAUCAGCAAGAAGGACAGAAUGAUUGUCCUCUGACUUCCAACAAAUGCGACCUGCCUUGUCUUAACACAACACACUGUAUCUGUCCUCGUGGGUUCGAAGCCGUGUCAGGGGUUUGUAAAGAUAUCGACGAGUGUGCCAGAAACAUCGCAGACUGUGAUCGGCUGUGCCACAACCACGCCGGAAACUUUUCUUGUAGCUGCGGCGACGGCUACCAGCUGGCCGAAAACGGAAGAUCUUGCAGCUUCGAUUGUCCGCGUUGCGUGAAGUCUAACAACCAAAACGGGAAGCUUACAUGUAUCAGUGGGUACAUGCUGGACCCACACGAUAGCGCAUAUUGUAUUGACGUCAACGAGUGCAACACGACAACGCCCCGCUGUAACACCACAACCGAGUUCUGCCUGAACACAGCAGGUAGCUACGAGUGUGAAUGUUCGCGGGGAUUUGUAAAUUCUGCCGGCAGUUGUCUGGAUAUCGACGAAUGUUCAGACCGGACACAUCCACACAACUGUGACACUGCGACGGAGGUCUGUGUGAAUGGGUACGGAGGUUUCAAGUGUGACUGUCUGUCUGGACUCCAGCGAAAUCAAACAAGCAGAUGUGAAG